UGAUGUUACCUAUGGUUAGCCAUUCGGGUGUUUUGAGUGAUGUGUCAGUUCAACUCGUGUCGUUAGGUAUCAAAUAACUGACAAUGAUAAAUGUUUAUGUGACUAUUGUAACGUUAUAAAAUAUCGUAUUUCUACUUUAUGACAAUUUAGGCAAUUGUCAACUGUUUUCCACAUGAGGUGCUGGAUAUCAUGGGUUUUUGCUGUGGUAUUGUUGUCUGGUGGUGCACAUUCGUGGGACAAUGAUGACUUAGAAAUAUUUGAUUUAGUAGAAGAAAUCAAUACCAAUUUCUACAGUCUUCUGGGUGUAGAGCAGGAUGCUGAUGCUUCAGAAAUCCGCCGAGCGUACAGACGCUUGUCUCUCGUCAUACAUCCAGAUAAAAGUGAUGCUCCAGAUGCGGACGUUAAGUUUAGACAGCUGGCUGCCGUGUACGACGUCCUGCGAGAUGGCACCAAGCGCAUGCGCUACAACGAGGUGCUCAGGAACGGCCUGCCCGACUGGCGGCAGGCCGUGUUCUACUACCGGCGCGUCCGCAAGAUGGGGCUGGCCGAGAUGCUGGUCAUCCUCAGCGUCCUGCUGACCGUGGGCCAGUACGGGGUGGCCUGGGCGUCCUACGUCGAGAAGAAGUACAACGCCGAGCAGUAUUUAAGCAUGAAGUUAAAGAGAUUACAGAAGAAAGUUAAGAAAGGCAAAUACGAUGGACCACCUCUUCCAGAGACCAUCGAAUUGGAUAUUCCUUCACCCAGUGUGUGGAACACGUUGCCGUUCCAGCUGCCUCGCUUUGCGUGGUUCUGCAUCACCAUGUUCCCGCAGAGCGUCCGACUGUUGCGCCAGUAUCUGGCCGAGAGGAACCAGCGGAGAGAGGAGGAGACAUCCUCGGAGGAGGAAGUGGAGGUGGAAGUGCGGCCCGCCCGCCGUCGCAAGGGCAAGUUUGCCCCCCCCGAGCUGGGCGCAGCAGCCCCGGACCCGGCCAGCAGCCCCCCGGGCCCCGGUAGGCGGGACCAGGCGGCCGAGGACGAGCCCCCGCCCGUCGUCUCCGGGGGCCUGUGGACCGACGACGACAUCGUGGAGCUGAUUCGGCUGGUGAAGAAGUUCCCCCAGGGGAUAGCCGGCCGCUGGGAGAAAAUCGCAGCUGCCAUGUGCAGGCCGGUGGGCGAGGUGACGCACAUGGCCCGGAAGGUGAAGGAGGACGGCUACCGCGUGGGGCGGCCCGAGGACCCGGCGGGGGAACAGCCCCCCGAGGAGCCGCGCAAGGUGAAGACGAAGGGGGGCAAGCUGGGGGUGGCGGGGGCGGCGGCGGACGAGGACGCCGGCUGGACGCAGCAGCAGCAGAAGGCUCUGGAGGCGGCCCUGGUCAGGUUCCCCAAGGGAGGCGCGCUCGACCGCUGGGAGAAGAUAGCCAAGUGCGUGCCGGGGAAGACCAGGGAGGAGUGCAUCUUGAGGUACAAGCACCUGGCAGACGUGGUCAAGAAGAGGAAAGAGAACGGCGACGCGACGGAGACGGCGAGCCUCUAGAGAUGUGUGCCUGCAAGCGACUACUUAACGGUACGAGCGCCGACGUGUGCCGUGCGCACGGGACUCAUCCCUGCCCACUUUUUUAAAUAUACUAUUUAUGAAAAAAAAAAAAUAUAUGUUGUUUUAUUUUAUUCUCUGUACAAUGUGAGUUGGCCAAUAAAGAACAAAGUUUAUUACUAA